AUCUCUCAAAUGUGGUUUAAUUAUUUGAGACCAAUGCUUAGAGAGAGAUAUCCAGGCUCUAUUGGAAACCAAGCCGUGCGUCACCAUAUCAUAAGUCAGUUAGAUGAACUCCAGGCUGGCUGGGUCACUGAAGAGGAUACCUUCCAGGAAGCUAUACCCUAUGGAACUGUCACAUUUUCAAAUAUCAUCAGCACUUUGAACCCCUCAGCUAAGCGAAGGCUGGUGCUGGCUUGUCAUCAUGACUCAAAAUAUUUCAACAAAUGGUGGUAUAGCAGAGUGUAUGUGGGUGCCACUGAUUCUGCUGUUCCAUGUUCCAUGAUAUUGGAACUUGCUCGUGCAUUGGACAAAUUAUUAUUAGAGAUAAAGAUUAUGUCCAAGAUUCCUCCCAAACCAGAUCUUACCCUGCAGCUAAUUUUUUUUGAUGGCCAAGAAGCAAUUGAAUCUUGGUCUGAGAUUGACUCACUGUAUGGCUCUCGACAUUUGGCGAACAAAAUGGAGAUCGUUAAACAUCCACCUGGUGCCAGUGAUACCAACCAGUUGCAUGGAAUUGACCUACUGGUUUUAUUGGAUUUAAUUGGUGGACCAAAUCCGAGAUUUCCAAGUUAUUUUCCAAAUACAGCUCGAUGGCAUAAAAGACUACAGCUAAUAGAGCGACGUCUGCAUCGACAGGGUCUACUGAAUGAUCAUUCCAAUGAGGUGAAAUACUUCUGGACUAAAAUGCAAGCAGGGCACAUUGAUGAUGACCAUACACCAUUUUUGCAAAGAGAUGUUCCCAUUCUGCACAUCAUGCCUUCGCCCUUCCCCCAAGUAUGGCACAGGAUGGAGGAUAAUGAAGACAACCUGGAUCCAACAACAAUUGAUAACCUCAAUAAAAUUUUGCAGAUAUUUGUUUUGGAGUAUCUCAUAUUGUGAUGAU